AUGAGGUUUAUUUGUAGUGUCUCAGCAAUAUGCUUGUUGUUUUGUUAUUUAUCAACAAUUAAAGGGCUGAGGUUUAAGCUUAAAAACGGUGUUACAAAGUGUAUUCAAGAUGAGGCACACAAAGACGUUAUUGUACAUGGUGAGUAUGAGAUUACUGCUCCCCAUGAACACACAACCCAUAUCAAAGUCCGUGAUGUGAAAAAACAUAUACUAUAUCAGAGAGAUAAUAUAAAAAGCGGGAAAUUUGCAUUCACAACAGAAGACUUUGAUCUAUUUGAGGUGUGCUUCGAAAGUCAGCCAGAUAAUACUGACACGGAACAAGAAGUCUUUCUUAAUAUAAAACACGGUACCGAGGCCAAGGAUUUUGAUAAGAUGGCGAAAGCAGAGAAAUUACAACCCAUCGAAGUGCUACUGAAAAAACUAGAAAGUCUAGCCGAUGAAAUCGUGCAGGAUUUUGUUGUCAUGCAUUCGAAAAGUAGCAAAAUGCGAAACAUCAACGAAUCUACUCAUACAAGGGUUCUCUACUUCUCAAUCCUUUCAAUGGUAAUCCUCAUCGGCUUCGCAUGUUGGCAGGUACUUUAUUUAAGACGUUAUUUCAAGUCGAAGAAGCUGAUUGAGUAAUGUAAAUUGAUUUUUCAUCUUUUAAUAUCUGCGAAAAAAUCCGUUUUAUUGUACAUGCCUUGCGUAUGUUUCAUUUCUGAAAUAAUAAACUCGUGUGGGAAAACUGUACAAAUCUAGUCUCACAUUGCUCAUCCUUUUUUAUUCGAAGUUGCUUGUCUGAACUGUCGUUUCAUAUGUGUAAGAUGUAUUUCCCUUUAGAUAAUAUAGCGAUAUGUGGCUUGAUAUGUAUUAUCUUUUUUUCGGUCAUUUUCUAAUAAAUGCUAUUAAAGUC